UGGAGUACGCGGCGCCGGCUGGGCCGGAGAGGGCGGCGCGGCGGAGCCUCCAGUGGCCUCGGACGCUCCUUCUCGCCCGCGGCCGCCGCCCGCCUCCGCCUGCUCCUCCGUCCUGGCCGGGCCCGGCCGCCACUUCCGGCCGCUCACCUGGGACGCGCUCACCUGCCUCCGGGCGCCUGGGCACCAGGAUGAAGGACCGGCUGGAGCAGUUGAAGGCCAAGCAGCUGACACAGGAUGAUGAUGCCGAUGAGGUCGAGAUUGCUAUUGACAACACAGCUUUCAUGGACGAGUUCUUUUCUGAGAUCGAGGAAACUCGACUCAACAUUGACAAGAUCUCAGAGCACGUGGAGGAAGCUAAGAAGCUCUACAGUGUCAUUCUGUCUGCACCCAUUCCAGAGCCAAAAACCAAGGAUGACCUGGAGCAGCUCACGACUGAGAUCAAGAAAAGGGCCAACAAUGUCCGGAACAAACUGAAGAGCAUGGAGAGGUGUAUUGAAGAAGACGAGGUCCGGUCGUCAGCAGACCUUCGGAUUCGGAAAUCCCAGCACUCCGUCCUCUCCCGGAAGUUUGUGGAGGUGAUGACCAAAUACAACGAGGCCCAGGUGGACUUCCGUGAACGCAGCAAAGGGCGAAUCCAGCGGCAGCUCGAGAUCACCGGCAGGAAGACAACAGAUGGGGAGCUGGAGGAGAUGCUGGAGAGUGGGAACCCUGCCAUCUUCACCUCGGGGAUCAUCGACUCUCAGAUUUCCAAGCAAGCCCUCAGUGAGAUCGAGGGAAGGCACAAGGACAUCGUGAGGCUGGAGAGCAGCAUCAAGGAGCUUCACGACAUGUUCGUGGACAUCGCCAUGCUGGUGGAGAACCAGAGGAGUUACUCUUCAAUAAAAACGGACACUCCUGAGGAGCUGAGUCAAGAUGGCACAGCGGGAAGACCCUGAGUUCACCUCCUCUCAUGGGCACACCAAAAAUGACAACUAUUUAUAGAGCAACUAUUGAUGAGAAAGACUGGAAUCUACCGGAAAAGAUCCUCUACAACUAGAAAUAUAAAGAAGGAACCACAACAAAACAGGUGUGGUUGGGGGAGGAUAUGGUAUAGUCAAGACCCAUAUCCCUGAAUGGGCAACCCACAAACAAGAGGAUAAUUUUACAAUUUCAGAGUUCUCCCCAAGGAGCAAGGGGUCUAAGCCCCACAUCAGGCUCCCCAACCUGGGGGUCCUGCACUGGGAGGACAAGCCCCCCAGAACACUUGGGUUUGAAGGCCAGUGGGGCUUGAUUUUAGGAGACCCAGAGGCUGUGGGAAACAAAGACUCCACUUUUAAAGGGCUUUCACGAGAUCUCACACCUUCUGGGACCCAGGGUAGAGCAGUAAUUUGAAAGGAGCCUGGGUCAGACUCACCUGCUGAUCUUGGAGAGGCUCCUAGAGAGGCAGGAGGCAACUGGAGCUCACCCUGGGGACAUCGGCGCUGGUGGCAGCCAUUUUUUGAAGCUUGUUCUAUCACAUGGACACGGGUGCUGGCAGGGACCAUUUUGUAAUCUUCCCUCUAGCUUAUUAGCCUCAGGACUGCCCAGCCCUGCCCACCAGCCUGUAGGCACCAAUACUGGAAUGCCUCAGACUAAGCAACUAGCUGGGUGGGGACACAGCCCCAUCCACUAGUAGGCAGGCUGCCUUAAGACCCCUGAACCCACAGCCAUCCCUGGGCAUGGCUCUGUCCACCACAGAGCCCAGGACCUGGCCCAGUACGCAGGCACUAGACUGGAUAUCCCAGGGCCCUACAGCCAGAGAGUCUGGGACACAGCUCUGCCCACCAGUAGGCAGCACCAGUCUGGGGACCUGCUGGAUCUCAGCCCUACUCACUAGUGGGCUGACACAAGCUUCAGGACACCCUCAACCCUGCAGCCGGCUGUGUCAGGAACUGGCCUCACCCACCAGGAGGCUGACACUAGAUCUGGGAAUUCUGGCCCCAUAACCACUCAACCCAGAACCUGGCUCUGCCCACCAGCGAGCCAGCACUACCCCAGAGACCCCCAGAUUUUCACAGCCAGACUUCUCAUGACCUAGCUCAGCCAACCAGCAACUGGCAGCCUCCAGGCAACCAAUCAGACCUGGGACCAGCCAUGCCUACAAGAUCACUCAUAGCCCACCACAUCAGAAGGACCCACACAGCCUGCAUGACGGGGGGCGGGGGUGGGGAAUCCCUAGAGGAUAUAGCUCUGGUGACCAGGGGGCAGUGCACUGCUGGGACACAUAGGACAUCGCCUACAAAGGGCCACUUCUCCAAGGCUGGGAAAUGUAAUCAACCUACCAUAUACAUAAAAAUAAAAACUGCAAAUUAGGCAAAAUGAGGAGAUAGAUGAACACGUUCCAAAUGAAGGAGCAAGAUAAAACCCCCAAAGAAGAACUAAGUGAAAUGGAGAUAGGCAAUCUAACGGAUAAAGAGUUCAAGGUAAUGACCAUAAAGAUGCUCAGGGAACUCGGGAGAAGACUGGGUGAACAGAGUGAGAGUGAGAAGUUUUUAAUGAAGAGUUAUGAAAUUUAAGAAGACACAAAGAGAUGAAGAAUACAAUAACUGAAAUGAAAAAUACCCUAGAAGGAAUCAACAGGAGAUUAAACGAUACAGAGGAACAGACCAGCAAGCUGGAAGACAGUAGUGGAAAUCACUGAUGCGGAACAGAACAUAGAAUGAAAAGAAGGGAGGACAGUUUAAGAGACCUCUGGGCCAACAUCAAACAUCCUAACAUUCACAUUAUAGGGGUCCCAGAAGGACGAGAAAGAGGAAAAGGUCUGAGAAUGUAUUUGAAGACAUAAUAGCUGAAAACUUCCCUAACCUGGCAAAGCAAACAGUCACCCAAGUCCAGAGAGCACAGAGAGUCCCAAACAGGAUUAAUCAAAAGAGGUCCACACCAAGACACAUUGUAAUUAAAUGGCAAAAAUUAAAGACAAGAGAAUAUUAAAACCAGCAAGGGAGAAACAACAAGUCACAUACAAGGGAACUCCCACUAGGCUGUCAGCUGAAUUUUCAGCAGAAACUCUGCCAGCCAGAAAGGAGUGGCAUGAUAUAGUUAAAGUGAUGAAAGGGAAACGCCUACAACCAAGAAUACUCUACCCAGCAAGGCUCUCAUUCAGAUUUACAGACAAGCAAAAGCUAAAAGAGUUCAGCAUCACCAAACCAGCUUUAUAAGAAAUAUUAAAAGGACUUCUCUAAGCAAAAAAGAAAAGGCCACGACUAGAAACAUGAAAAUUAUGAAAGGAAAAAGCUCAUCAGGAAAGGUAAAUAUACAAUACAGGUAGUAAGUCAACCAUGUACAAAGGAAGGUUAAAAGACAAAAGUAGUAAAAUGAUGUCUGCAAUAAGGAGUUAAGGGAUGCACAAAACAAAAAAAUGUAAGGUAUGAUGUCAAAAACAGUCAUCAUGAGGAGAGGGUGGUAAAAAUGAAGGGUUGUUAAAAUGCAUUUAAAAUUAAGCGAUCAGCAACUUAAAAUAAUCACGUAUAUGUAUAUAGGUUGCUUUAUAUUAACCUCAUGGUACCCAGAAACCAAAAAUAUAUAAUAGAUACACAAAAAAGAGAGAGUUAUUAUAUAUGUUUAACUAAAAGAUUCAAACUCAUAGAAGCAGACAGUUAAAUGGUGGUUGCCAGGACUGGGGGAGGGGAAAUGAGGAGUUUUUAUUUAACAGGUACAAAGUUUCAGUUAGGCAAGAUGAGUGAGUUCUAGGGCUCUGUUGUACAACAUUGUGCCUAUAGCUAACAAUAUUGUAUGGUACACUUUUUAAGAGGGUAGAUCUCAUGUUAAGUUUUUUUUACCACAAUACAAAAUAAUUAAACAUUUCUGUUCCCAAAGUUGCCGUAAACACUGUUAAGAAAUAACAUAAUACUUUGCAAAUCCACAAGGAUUAGUAUCCAGAAUGUAUAGAGAAUGUCAUGCAAAUCAAUUGAAAAACAAAUUCUGUUCAAUAUGCUAUAAUAAUGUAAAUGGGAAAAGAAUUUGAAAAAGGAUAGAUGUAUGUGUAUGUAUAACAGAAUCCCUUUGUUGUACACCUGAAACUAUCACAACAUUGUUAAUCAACCAUACUCCAAUAUAAAACGAAAAAUAAAACAAAUUCUGAUACAAAAUGGACAAACGCCAUCAACAGGGAGUGGACAAAAGCCAUCAACAGGGAGUAUACAAAAGAGGAAAUGUGAUAAAAAGCAAUCUCAUUAGUAAUCAUGACACAGUUAAUUAAAAUCCAGAAGCACCCUUUUCCCCUUCCAGACUGGCAAAUAUUGUUUCCUGAAACCAAGUGUUGGUGAGGGUGUGGAGAAACUCUAGAGGGAGGAUAAACAAGUACAAUAACUGUAUUGAGGAAUUGCUAACUAUCUAGGAAAUAGUAGAAUUGCAUACUCUGUGUGUGUGCACAUAUACACGCUCAUGCACCCUAGCAUUUCCACUCCCUUGGAACUGCACCCUAGAAGACCCAGGAACACUCAUACAUACGCAGGAGGAGCUGUGUACAAGGAUGUAAAGAGCAACAUUAUGAAAACUAGCAACUGGUGGCAAGUUAAAUGUCCUUCAGCAAAGACUGGACACUUAAUUUGUGGCAUGAUCAUACAAUAAAAUAUCGAAAGCAAUAGUGAACAAAGAUGUACAAAACAAUAGUAUAUAAUAUUCAUGGCUGCAUGAUACUUACAGAUCCAGAAAUUCUAUUGUCAUACAUUUCUGGCCUAUAGAACUAGUCGACAUCUCAGAAACAAGGAGGAGCAGCCACCCUAGUAGGAGGAAGCCCUUCAUUUGGUCAGACCCUGAGCCAAAGCCCAUUCAGGAAACAGGAAGUUGUGAGGGGCCGGCUGCUUCCUGAGUUAUGGCAGCCGAAGCCAUGCUCAGAGGUUGGUAGUUAACCACAUUUUGGACAGCAUUAGAGAAUGUCCUAUUAGCUCAACCUCCUAAAGUUUGGUAUUUUAUGCUCAAAAUUGCAGAUUAGUGGGACACGUAAGCAAAAUGUACCAUUUGAGGGUUUCUAGAACUUGUCAUCUUUAGGCCUGUGAAAGUACCGUUACAUUGUCAUAGAGCUCUUGCUUCGGGUUUAGGGAGUUGUGGAGGCUUGUAACGGCCCACUCUCUUGUGUAACUCCUCCUCUGUUAGUGUGGUAGAAGCUGUGAAUAUGCUGAAAUGUCAUUCCUGUAAUUAUGUUACUUUAUAGGCAGAAGGGGAUUUUUUUUCAGUUGACUUUGAGUUAAUCAAAAUGGAGAUUAUCUGGGUGGGGCUAAUCGAAUCACACAGGCCCUUUAAAGGCAGAGAGUUUUCUCUAGCUGGUGGCAGCAGUCAUCAGAGAGAUUUGGGAAUGUGAGGAGGAUCAGGCCUCUUGCUGGUCUGAAGCUGGAGGGGGCCAGGUGAGAGGACACACAGGCAGCUUUCAGGAGCUGAGAAACACCUGGUUGAGAGUCAGCAAGGAAAAGGGACCUCAGGUCUAUAACCGCAAGGAACUGAAUUCAGUCAACAUCCUGAAUGAGGCUGGAAGCAGAUUCAAACCCAGAUCCUGCAAAUAAAAGCUCAGCCUGGCUGACAUGUUGAUUUUGGCCUCAUGGGAACCUAAACGGAGAACCCAGUUGAUCCUGCUUGGACUUAUGACCUACAGAACUGUAAGGUAAUGAGUGGUAUUGCUUUAUGUUGCCAAAUUUAUGGUGAUAUGUAGCCAUAGGACACUAAUACAGAGGGUGUUUUGGGUGCUUGAGAAAAUGGAAAGAUCACAGUUGCUGGACCCCAGUGAGGUGGGAAAUAAUAGUAGGGAAUACCAUGCAGCAGUAAAGAGGAAUACAUUUGAUUUGAUUUAAAAGCAUGCAUGUAGCUCAAACACAGAAAGGUAAAUGAAAAAUGCAAGAGAAAACCGUAAGAUAUAGUGCACCAAACUAUUUAGAAAUAUACAUUAAAAUAUAUUUUUCACAUUUGUACAUAUGUUAAAAAUUUUGGAAAGUAGUAUGGAAGGAUAUAUAGUAAAUAUUUUUAAGUGUGACCAAUAUAUAGUAGGAUAUGGAAUUGGCGAUGCUGCAUUAAGGACAAAAAUAAUAAGAAGGUCUUUACAUAGAUGAAUGAUGCUAGGUGGCCAUGCUAAAGAGUAUGGUCAACAGCGUUCUGUCUCCUGAGAUUCACAAUUACAGCACAUAGUAGAACGAAACAGUAGAUAAGAGAAAAAAACAAAAAAUAAAUUCAAUUAUAAUUAUAGCUAAUAUUAAGCAUUCACUAUGUGCCAGAUACUUUUCUAAUUAUGUAUUUGUAUUAACAUAUUUAGUGCUUCCAAUAAGCCUAUGAGAGAGGUACUCUUAUAGUCCCAUUUUGCGUUGAUUUGUACACAGUUUAGGUAGCUUACAUAAUGUCACACAGAUAGUAAGAGUCCAUAGAAAUGAAAAUCUAGUAGUCUGUUUCCAGAAUCUAUUUUCUUAACCACUGUGCUAAGGUAGCUCACGGAGUCUCAUUUCCAUCAAUGGAUUUCAUCUCCAUCAGCAGUCUUCAUAUUGGAAUAUUUCUAUGCGUGAGAGUACACAAAGACUUUCCAGGGGGAGUUCAUGCAGCAAUAAUUUCAGUGCAUUUAAUUUCCAGAGUCUCAACUGCCAUUUAUACUCUUUCCAAACACUGAUCUUCCAGAGAAGAAACAUGAGUUCUCAGUGUCCUUUUAUUUUACAAAUAUAAAAUAUCACUUGGGUUGGUCUUGCCCAACCCAAGUGGUAUUCUUUGAUGGCACGGGUAAUAAAAACUGGAGUGCCAACCAAAAGGAAACAUUGAAACACUGGCUUAGUAACACUUCCUUCAUCAAGACAAGGGGUCAGCAAACUUUUUCUGGAAAGGGCCAGGUAAUAAGAAUUUUAGGCUUUGUGGUUUCUUUCACAGCAACUCAACUCUGAUGUUAUAGUGAAAAGCAGUUUAAGUAAAUGAAUGAACGUGGCUGUGUUUCAGGAAAAUUUUACUCGUGGGCUGUAGUUUGCCAACCCCGUUUCUGUCUUUCCUUAUCUUAUGCAUAUUUAUAUUAAGGGUGAAGCUUGGCAUCACGAAUGGAGAAAUUUGACCAGGAUAGAAUGCUCUGAAUUCAAAUGGUCAAAAAAUUAUCGGUUUCUGAUGCUGAUUAUUUUUAUUUAAUGUUUUAAUUGAAAAUAUUUAAAAAAUUUAAGACACAUUAUAUCAAACCCAUGGAUAAAAUUGGAUGUGAUUUUUUUUAAUGAAGUAUAGCUGAUUUAUGUUGUGUUAGUUUCAGGUGUACAGCACAGUGAUUCAGAUACAUAUAUAUGUAUAUGUGUAUCUACAUGUGUGUGUGUGUGUGUGUAUAUAUAUAUAUAUAUAUUCUUUUUCAGAUUCUUUUCCCUUAUAGGUUAUUACAAAAUAUUGAGUAUAGUUCCCUGUGCUAUACAGUAGGUUCCUGUUGGUUAUCUGUUUUAUAUAUAGUGGUGUAUAUAUGUUAAUCCCAAACUCCUAAUUUAUCCCUCUUCCCUCCUUUUCCUCUUUGGAAACCAUAAGUUUGUUUUCCAUGUCUAUGAGUCUAUUCUCUUUUGUAAAUAAGUUCAUGUUAUCUUUUUUAAAAAAUUCCACAUAUAAGUGAUAUCAUAUGAUAUUUGUCCUCUGUCUGGCUUAUUUAGUAUGAUAAUCUCUAGGUCCAUCCAUGUUGCUGCAGAUAGCUUUAUUUCAUUCUUUUUUAUGGCUGAGUAAUAUUCCAUUGUGUGUGUGUGUGUGUGUAUGUGUGUGUGUGUGUGUAUACCCAUGUGAUUGUCUUUUCAAAUUGGUGUGCUAAUAGAUAGUUAAAACCUACUCUGUCAUAUUAUGGAUAAUUCAAAAGAUAGUCAAUCCUUAUCUUAUUUUGUCUUAUAAAAUAUUUAACAUUUUAUCUCUCCUACUUUGAUAGAGACUAGUCAUAUACUUAUUAAUCUCAUUUGUUCUUGUUGGGCAUACAGGACAGCUGCAUCUCCUAGUCUUCCCUGCAGUUGUCUUGGAGUUAUGUGACAAACCUAAGUGUGCGUUAUGGGCUGAAUUCUGCCACCCCCCGAAUUCAUGUAUUGAAGUCCUAACCCCUAGUAUCUCAAAGUGUGAUUUUAUGGAGAUAGGGUCUUUAAAGAGAUAACUAAUAUAAAAUGAGGUCAUGUGAAUUGGCCUUAAUCCAGUAUGACUGGCAUCUGUAAAGAAAAGGAGAUUAGGGUGUAGACAUGCACAGAGAGAAGACCAUGUAUGGAGACACAGAGAAGAUGAUAAUACACAAGCCAAGGGAAGAGGCUUCCAGGAAAAAGACAAUAUUUCUGACACUUUGAUGUCAGAAUUCUGGGAUUCUACAGCAUAGGGCAAUAGAGCUGUCAGCUCUGAACAUGCAUUAUCCUUCAAGGAAAGGAAGAGAGUAACUCUGAAGGUGGUUUGGAGUUUGGCAGGGCUGACACUGCCACCACAGGCCCACAGGGCCCAGGGCCAAAGGGCUGGGGCCGCUGCCCCUGUGGGCCUGGAGUGCAGAGCACGGAGCCAAAGAAGAUUAUUCUUGAGCCUUAAAAUCUAAUGAAAUUUGCCCUGCUGGGUUUUGGACUUGCUUUCCAAUUUCUCUUUUCCAGCUUCUCCCUUUUGGAAUGGCAAUGUCUAUCCUAUGCUUGCUCUACCUUGUAUUUUGGAAGCAGAUAACUUGUCUGGGUUCACAGGAUCACAGCUGGAGAGGAAUUUUGCCCCAGGAUGAAUCAUACCUCAAGUCUCGCCUAUACUUGAUUUAGAUGAUGUUUAGUUAAUAUUUUGGUCUUAAGAGUUGAUGUUGGAAUGGGUUAAGAUUUGGGGGGAUGUUGGGAUGGGGUGACUGUAGUUUGCAUGUGAGAAGGACAUGGUUUUGGGGGGACCAGAGGGUGAAUUCUUAUGGCCUGAAUGGUGUUCCUCCAAAAUUGCAUAUUGAAGUCCUAACCCCCAGUAGAUCAGAAUGUGACUGUAUUUGGAAAUAGAGUCUUUAAAGAGCUGAUUAAGGUUAUCUGAGGUUGUUAGGAUUGGGACCUAAUCCUUUAUGUCUGGUGUCCUUAUAAGAAGAGGAAAUUAGGACAGGGACACAUACACACAGAGGUCCACGUGUGAAGACACAGAGAGAAGAUGGCCAUCUACAAGCCAAGGAGAGAGGCCUCAGGAGAAACCAACCCUGCCCACACCUUGAUCUCAGGCUUCUAGCUUCUUAGAAUUGUGAGAAAAUAAAUUUCUGUAUUUAAGCCA